AUUUGGGUGAGAAAAAGGGUUUUUAGGAGGAGUAAAUAUAUUAUGAGUGCGAGGGUUUUGUAAAGCAAACAGCAGUGAGUGGUGAUACCAAUGGGGAGCACGGCGGUGGAGAAGACGGAGGAAGAACUCCGCAACGAGAUCGAUGAGCUUCUUCGCCAACAGCGCGAGAUAACUGAGAGGCUUCGAGAUCCUCGAGGCCUCCGUAGAGGUGCCUUGUCAGCUCCUGCUCUUCGCAGCAACGGUGUUCGCCAACGACCCUUUCUUCGCCCUGGAGACAGGAAUGAUUCUGAAGAUCAACCACCUGCCAAACGUCGACUUUCAUCUGCUGUCGUUAAGGUGGAUGAUGGGGAGUUACCUGAAGAUGCUGAUGCGGGACAGGAUGAUAAAACAAAGGAUUCAGCUGGCGAAGGGGUAAAUGGGACUGGUACGGUUGACCAGAGUGAUAGGAAUCCUUUUACUUCUCACCAAACUGGAUGGACUAGAAGAGAUAGUAAUCAAAGAACUUCAAAGGCUCCUGACAUUCCUUCUGCGGAACAUGUUCCAAGGGUAUUGCCAAAGAAUGAGGAUCCAAGCUUGGUUAAUAGGAACAAGCGAAUGCUGGGUCAACUUUUGGGAACCCUGGAGAAAUUCAGAAAGGAAGACAUGCAACUCUCAGGAACAGAGGCAUAUAUGAGAAGAUCUAAUUCUUUGCAAAGAGCUGAGCAAAGGGCACGUGAAGAAAGUGAAAGGCUUAGGAAAGAAGAGCGUGAACAGAUUGCUGAAAAACGGAGAAGAGAUUUGACUCUUAGGGCUCGUGUGGCUGCUAAAACAGAAGAAAAGAAAUUGGAGCUGCUAUUUCUUCGGUGGAGUGAGCAUCAUAAAAGACUAAGCAAUUUUAUAAGGACUAAAGCAGAGCCCCCAAUCUACUAUUUGCCUAACAAGCCCUUGGAUGAAGAUCCUACGUCACUUGAGAAGCGCAAAGAAGAGGCUUUCCUAGAAUGGAAGAAUGCAAGAAGAGAGGAAGUGUCUGAGUAUCAGAAACAAAUUGGGGAACAGUAUCUUGCCAAUGUUGAGAAGGAAUUGGAGAGAUGGCAGAAUGCAAGGAACGCUAGGAAAGUAAACAAUGAUCAGAAUUUACAGGAGACUAUGGACAAAGAGUUGGAUACUCAUAGGCUUGAGCACGGUCCUAAGAAAAGGAAGAUCCCUGGUGGAAACAAUAAUGAAGAUGAUGAUGAUGUGGAAGAUAUAAAUGUCGGAGAGGACGACAUGAUGGAUGACGAAUUAGACGAUGAAGCUGGUAGAAGGAUUGAUGAAACAACUAAGGCGGAAACAGCUAACACCAGCGCAGAUCCCGCAGCUGAUACCGAUACCGAUAAUGUGGACCGGACGUGAUGGCCCGCUAGUACACAAUUUUCAAUCAUUCUAUGAGAUAUUCAUGUUUAGUAGUUAAUCGCUUGCUAUUGUAGUAUUCUAGGCUUAUGUAUUCGAACUUAAUUGCCUUUGUAUUUUUCUGUAUUCAAAUGAACUUUUUUCAAUCUUCAUUUCAUCACUUAUUCUCUUUGUAUUGCUAACCUCUUGGAAAUCAGAGUAAUGCACAACAUGUUUGUUGGGUUUGU